GUUUGGCGUUGGAUUUUUCUUUCACAUUUGAUUAGUGUUGUUGAAGAAGGAACAUGUUUUAAUUAUUAUGAAUUUAUAUGAUGAGUAGGAGAUAGAAAAAUGUCUGAAUUUCUCGAUACAGAAAAUUCCGGAGCUGAUAAUCGACCUCAAUCUUUGACUGAUCAGGAAGAGCUGCUUCAUGUUGAUAGCAGAGAAGAUCUGUUUAUGGAUGCUCCGGAUGAGUUGAAUGACAAUAAGGAAGGUGGAACGCCGAAUUCAAAAACGGCGAAUGCAAGUCCGAGCGCUGCCUAUUUGGAGGAAAAACAGGAGGCAGUAGCUAAACAUUUUGAUGAAAUGCACAAUAAUGAUAGUAAUCAAUUUUUCAAUGAAAUAGAGCGCUUGCAAGCUUCCCUCGAGCAGGCAGUUGAUGAAAAAGAGAAACUUGAAGUCAAAUACAAGGGAGAAAUGGAGGUGCUCGCAAGGGAGGUUCAUAUAAAGGAUCAAGAGAUUGAAGGGCUGAAUGCGAAGGUUACGAGCUCUGUAGCUGAAGCUGACAAGGAAGUUUAUGCAGAGAAACACUGGAAAAGUGAGGUUGCAAUGGAGAGGAUUUUGGCUGCUCUUGGGUCAGUUGUUGAUCAAGGUGAUAUUUUAGGUGAUUCUGGCAGAGAUCAGAUUGAUCUUGUUGAGAAAAGCAAGUUGGCAUUAAUCGAGAAGUAUAACCAAUUUCUUAUUGAAGUUAAUCAACUUAGGCAGUGUUUGACAAAGGCUGAGUAUGAUUUUGGUGUGCAGGAGUUUGGGACUGUAUUUGUUGCGGCCUGUGAUGAGGUAUUUGAGUUGAGGAGGAAGGAAGCAGAGCUGAUUGAAAAAAUGGGUCUUUUGGAAGAUGAAAAUAGGAAAUUGCUUGAACAAGUUGAAAAUGAGAAAUCAACAGUGGAGAUUCUGAAUUCGGAGCUUGGAAAAAUGAAGACGGAGGUUGAACAGGAAAAGAUGAAGCGUGCUAAUGCUAAAGAAAAAUUGAAUUUGGCUGUGACUAAAGGUAAGUCAUUGAUUCAGCAGCGGGAUGUUCUGAAGCAGUCCCUGGCUGAUAAAACAGAUGAGCUUGAUAAAUGUCUGGUCGAAUUGCGAGAGAAGAUUAGUGCCCUAGAGGCUGUUGAAUUACAUAAGGAAGAGCUGGUGAAAAGUGAAAACUUGGUUGCAUCAUUGCAAGAAUCACUAUCGCAAAAGACCUUGACCCUUGAGACAUUUGAACACAUCCUAUCUCAUCUUGAUGUACCUGAGGAACUCCAAUCAGUGGAUAUUGUUGAAAGAGUUAGAUGGCUUGCUAAUGAAAGAAAUGAAUUGAAGGAUGUUGCAUUGGACUUCUACAGAUUGAAAGAUACCAUUUGUGCAAUUGAUUUACCUGAAAAUAUCUCCUUUCCCUAUUUAGAUUCUCGCUUGGCUUGGCUUAAGGAAUGUUUUUACCUAGCUAAAGAUGAAAUAAAUAUGUUACAAAAUGAAUUGUCCAGAACAAAGGAAGUUGCAAGUGAUGAGAUAGAUAAAGUGAGUGCAUUAAUUUUGACUAUACAACAAGAGAAGGACUACAUUAAAGAAGAAUUUGAUCACCUCAGAAUUAAAAACGAUGAAAUUGUUGCAAGGGCAGAAGACAUAGCAUUGGACAAGGAUCAUUUAAGUGAUUCACUUACAGCAGAACUAACUGAGAAGGAUAAAAUCCAAAAGGAGUUGGACGAUCUCACAAAUAAAUAUGAAAAUGUAGUUGAGAAGGUCCAUCAGCUUUCAUCAGAGAAAGAUCAGAUGCUUCGGUUGUUGGUAGAGGGUUCCAGAAAAGUGAUGGGGGAUCAAGAUGGGAUUGAAGAGACAUAUUCUAAUCUACCCAUGUUAAUUGAUAGGUUCUUAGAGAGGAUACAGGAACAAACAAGUCCAUCUGUGGAGAUUCCUUUUGUGGAUACAGAACUAUUUGACAAAUAUCAGUUUCUUUUGCAUGUUAGGGAUCUGGAAUUGAUGCUUUAUAAGGAAUUACUAGAAGAAGAUAUGAUGGUGAGGUCACAACUGAAUGAUCUGUCGAAUCUGUUCAAAGUAACUUCUCAGGAACUUUUUGCAUUGAAGGAGGAUAAUGAUAUUUUGCAAAAAGAUCUAGAACGAGCAGAGGAGAAAUCUGGUCUGUUGAGGGAGAAGUUAACAAUGGCGGUUAAGAAAGGAAAGGGAUUGGUGCAAGAGCGGGAAAACUUGAAAGUUCUUCUGGAGGAAAAGAAGUCGGAAAUUGAGAAGCUGAGGCUUGAAUUACAACAGGAAGAGUCUAGAGUUGCUGAGUGCACAGGGCAGAUCAGUACUUUGUCUGCUGAUUUAGAGCGCAUCCCCAAGUUGAAGAGCAACAUUGCAUCCAUGAAAGUGGGAAAGGAUAAACUUGAGAAGUUCUUGUUCGAGAGCAAUAGCAAAUUGCAAAGGGUAGUUGAAUCUAUCGAUCGCAUUGUUAUUCCAGUUGACUCAGCAUUUCUAGAGCCUGUAGAGAAGCUAAAGUUGCUUGUCGGGUAUAUUGAUGAUUGCCAGACUGCCAAGACACAGACUGAACUAGAGUUGAGGGAAGUAAAGGAAGAGGCUAGCACCCUGGCUAGGAAGUUAGCAGAGGACCAAGCAACUAUUGAUUUGCUAACUAACAAGUUUGCUGAGGCUUGCGAGGCUAGAAAGUCGCUUGAAGAGGCGUUGUCACUUGCAGAAAAUAAAAAUUCAUUACUAAUCAGUGAGAAAGAGGAGGUUCAAGGUAGCAAAGCUGUUUCAGAGAUAGAAGUGGAGAAAAUGAGAGAGGAAGUUACUUAUCAGACCAGCAGACUCACAGAGGCAUAUAACACUAUAAAGUCACUUGAAAAUGCACUUUCUCUGUCAGAGGUGACGGUUAAUUCACUAACUGAACAAAGCAACAAUGCACAGGUGGAAAUAACCAACUUGAACAAUGAGCUGAAAAGACUGAAACAUGAAAUCCAGUCCCAGACUAGCCAGCUGACAGAAGGUGGCAAAACCAUUAAAUCACUAGAAGAUGCAUUGGUUAAGGCAGAAAAUGACUUUUCGGCACUUCUAGACGAAAAACGAACUGCUGAUCAGGAGGUAUCAACCCUUAAUUCCAAACUGAAUGCGUGCAUGGAGGAGUUGGCUGGUCAUCUCAACAAUCUUCAAGUGUUUGUCAAAGACCAAAGUUUGUUGUCUACAAUGAAGCAAUGCUUUGAUAGGAACUUGGAGCGCCUUAAGCAUUUGGACCUUACCAUUAAGAACACAAGGGAGCAUUUAUUUGACAAGGAUUUGGAACUUCUGCAAGGUUACCCCCUCAUAGAGGAUAUUGCUAGUCUGCUGAGUCAAAUCUUUGAUGAUACUGAUAAUACUUUUAAGUAUUGAGAUGGAGAAUUCCGAAGCCAAUGCAAUAAAUGCUGAUGAUUUUUCAUGUUUUAGAAGGUUUACAGAAGUGUUUCAAUUGCGAAAUAAACUCCUUGCAGAUAGGUUUGAAGGUUUUUCGAGCUUCCUGGAUGAGUCAUUAGCAGCCCUGUUAAGAAAAUUACAGGCCACAGAGGAUGAGGUGAAAAGUAUGACCAAGAAAAA